AACUCUGUAAGGAUGCAUUUUUUGAUGGUAUUUGUCCUGGUUGCACUUUUGGCUAUGGCCUUUGUGACAUCAAGCCCAGUUCCGAAUCCUGACGGUGAAGUGGUCGUUGUCGUCAAUCAACUAAACCCAAAUGAUUGGACCACUACAACAAGUGCGUGGUGAUCAAUUCUUUCGACAAUUCUGGCAAAUGAAGUGGUUCAUGUGUUUCCCUGAAAAUUGUAGUUUAAAGCAAAUAUGUGACAUAAAAUGUACUUUAAUAACACCAAAAAGUAUGGUAGUUCCAAAUAAAAGGGUACUUGCGGUUUUCCCUCCCAAAACAAA